CCAGAAAACCCCUUCGACCCCACGUACCUGCUGAGCUGCGCCGUCUCCAACAUCAUCUGCUCCAUCGUUUUCGGGAAUCGUUUCGAUUAUCGGGACGAGGAAUUCCUGGAGCUGCUCCAGAUGAUGAACGAGAGUUUUCGGGAGCUCAGCACCCCUUGGUCGCAGUUUUACGAGAUGGGUGAGACCUUCCUGAAGCACCUCCCGGGCCCCCACACCAAGAUCCCGCGACUGCUGGCGAGGAUGAGGAGCUUCAUCGCCCGUCGGGUGCGGAAAAACGCCGAGACGCUGGAGCCGGGGCUCCCGCGGGACUUUAUCGACUGCUUCCUGCUCCAGAUGGAGAAGGAGAAGGACAACCCCUCCUCGGAAUUCAACACGGAGAACCUGGAGCUGACCACCCUCAACCUCUUCUUCGCCGGGACGGAGACCGUCAGCUCCACCCUGAGAUACGGUUUCCUCAUGCUGAUGAAACACCCGGACGUGCAAGAGAAGGUCUACGAGGAGAUCGAGCGGGUGAUCGGCCGCGAUCGUGCACCCAACAUCGAGGACCGGAGCCGGAUGCCGUACACGGAUGCCGUCAUCCACGAGAUCCAGCGUUACAGUGACCUCAUCCCCAUGAACGUGCCCCACACCGUCACCCGUGACGUCCUCUUCCGUGGCUACCUCAUCCCCAAG